AUGGGAAAGUGCUGUAGUCUGCAGUGCCUGCGCUGCGAGGAGGAGCUGCACCGGCAGGAACGGCUGAGGAACCAUGAGCGGAUAAGGCUCAAACCUGGCCACAUCCCUUACUGCGACCCCUGCAAGGGCCCCAAUGGCCAUUCCCCCGGCGUGAGGCAGAGGGCCACCGUGAGGUGCCAGACCUGCAAAACCAACUUGUGCCUGGAGUGCCAGAAGAGGACUCACUCGGGGGGUAACAAAAGGAGACACCCGGUUACUGUGUACCAUGUCCCUAAGGUGGACGGGUCCCUGGAGGAAGAGGAGAUGGACGUUGAGACCCAAAGGAAGAAGAUGACUGAGAAGGUUGUGAGUUUCCUCCUAGUAGAUGAAAAUGAAGAAAUUCAGGUAACGAAUGAAGAGGACUUUAUUAGGAAAUUGGACUGCAAGCCUGAUCAGAAUCUGAAGGUGGUUUCUAUUUUUGGAAAUACUGGUGAUGGAAAGUCUCAUACCCUCAACCACACUUUCUUUUAUGGCCGCGAAGUCUUCAAAACCUCCCCUGCCCAGGAGUCCUGCACCGUGGGAGUGUGGGCAGCCUAUGACCCGGUCCACAAAGUAGCAGUGAUAGACACCGAAGGGCUCUUGGGGGCCACGGUGAAUCUCAGCCAGAGAACACGGCUGCUACUUAAGGUCUUGGCCAUCUCAGAUCUGGUCAUCUAUCGAACUCAUGCAGACCGGCUGCAUAAUGACCUCUUCAAGUUCCUUGGGGACGCCUCAGAAGCUUAUCUGAAGCACUUCACCAAGGAGCUCAAAGCUACCACUGCCCGCUGUGGUCUGGAUGUCCCCUUAUCCACUCUGGGCCCUGCCGUCAUCAUUUUCCAUGAGACUGUGCACACACAACUACUGGGUUCUGGUGAGUAG